AGCCAUUCAGAGCAACGGACGAAGCCUGGGAGCGAGAAAAAAGGGCGAAAAGAAUCAAGGAAAAAAAUAAAGCUUUUUGUAGCGUAUGAGAAACGCGUCGGAGCGGGAACAGAGGAGAGAGGCCACAAGGGAGAAGAAGUGAGCCGUCGCUUCUGACAGCGUAGCCAAACGUGAGUGUGAGCAGUGAGGUUUACAUUCAGCUGGAGGAGAGUCACUGGCAGAGUGUGGAGGCAUGUUGACGCUGGCCUUGAUGACUCGCCACUGAGCCUGUCUGUGGACUGUCGGCAACUCAUAGGUGUCCGGUCUCUUGUCGUCUGCCCCACCCCAAUGCAGAGGGCUUUAAGGGGAAUACUGCUGGUGUGGUCCUAGUGGUGGGCACAUCACUAACAGUGGCGGGGCUCGCCCAAUGAAUGUUUAGGGUGCCCCGGGCGUUUUCUGCGGGACACAGCCCUGUUAAGUCCCCGAGCCCUUGGUGACACUGGUCGCUUGUGCCAUGGAUCCCCUGAGAGAUAAAGAGGGAGAGCGACCGAUGCGGGGCAGCAAACCAUCACAGGCACGCAGCAGCCAUUCGCGGCCCUCCAGCUCCUCGACCUCCUCUGGUGUUCUAAUGGUGGGGCCCAAUUUCCGUGUAGGCAAGAAGAUUGGAUGUGGCAACUUCGGGGAGUUGAAGCUGGGUAAAAACCUCUACACCAAUGAAUAUGUAGCCAUUAAACUGGAACCAAUUAAGUCAAGAGCACCCCAACUGCACCUGGAGUACAGGUUCUACAAAACAUUAGGAAGUACAGCUGAGGGCCUGCCGCAGGUGUACUACUUUGGGCCGUGUGGCAAAUACAACGCCAUGGUGCUGGAGCUGUUGGGCCCUAGUCUGGAGGACCUCUUUGACCUGUGUGACAGGACCUUUUCCCUUAAGACUGUCCUUAUGAUUGCUAUCCAGUUGAUCUCCCGGAUGGAGUAUGUGCACUCCAAGAACCUCAUCUACAGGGACGUUAAACCGGAAAACUUUCUCAUUGGGCGACAGGGCAACAAGAAGGAGCACAUCAUUCACAUAAUUGACUUUGGUCUAGCCAAGGAGUAUAUUGACCCUGAGACCAAAAAACACAUUCCCUACCGGGAGCAUAAGAGUCUAACUGGCACAGCUCGCUACAUGUCCAUCAACACACAUCUGGGGAAAGAGCAAAGUCGACGAGAUGACCUGGAGGCCUUGGGUCAUAUGUUCAUGUACUUUCUUCGGGGUAGUUUGCCCUGGCAGGGCCUCAAGGCAGACACUCUGAAAGAACGCUACCAGAAGAUUGGGGACACAAAACGCAACACUCCUAUUGAGGUUCUCUGUGAGAGCUUUCCAGAGGAGAUGGCAACCUACUUGCGCUAUGUGCGACGGCUGGACUUCUUCGAGAAACCUGAUUACGACUACCUGAGGACGCUGUUCACAGAGUUGUUUGAGCGGAAAGGGUACACCUUUGACUACACCUAUGACUGGGUCGGCAGGCAAAUUCCUACGCCGGUUGGAUCCAUUCACGUGGAUUCAGGGGCAUCUGCUGUAACCCGUGAGAGCCAUGCCCACCGGGACCGGCCUUCACAGCACCAGCCUCUGCGGAACCAGACUGCAUCCUCUGACCGCCGCGGAGCAUGGGAGGUACAGCCCAACCGACAGACAAACUCCUCUUACCUGGCCUCCCACCUGGCAGCGGACAGGCACGGAGGAUCUGUUCAGGUGGUCAGCUCAACCAAUGGGGAGCUCAAUGCAGACGAUCCAUUGGCGGCUCAUUCCAACGCUCCAAUCACAGCGCAGGCAGAAGUGGAAGUAGUGGAUGAAGCCAACUGCGUGAAAAUGCUCAACCUGUGGUGUUGCUGCUUUUUUAAACGGAAACGAAAGAAGAACACUCCACGGCACAAGUGAUCCUUUCUCCUUUCCAUCUUUCUUUGUUUAUAAGGAGCUCCAUAAAUGAAAACGGCAGUAUCUGAAUUGGAUAACCACGAGAGGACCUGCACAUAAGAGGCAUGCACGUGCAGUCUCUAUUUUUGUCAUCAUCAUCCUUGGGAAUGGCCUCAUGGCACAAUCAACAGGACCCUCAGCUGGGAUGAAAAAGAGCUGGCAGGUGUUCCGAUAGCUUUGUACUUCACUCAGUGUCCUAUUUCUGUCCGCUUUCCUGGUUUGGUCUUUCCUACCAGGGAAGGGAACAGCAGGGUACUUGUGAAAGCUCCACAU